CACCUUAUUCAGGGCAUGAAUUUUACCAAUGCUAACUUAUCCAAGCUGGACUUGAGGUAUAUCAACUUUAAGUAUUCUGUCCUGAAGAAUGCUAACCUGAGUGGAGCCAACCUGUCAUACUGCAACUUCAAUGACCUCUGCCAUGCUGUUUUAGAUUCUGCCAACUUACUGGGAGUGAAAAUGCUAUGUGCAAACAUGGAAAGAACAUCAUUACGGGGGUGUAACUUUGAAGAUCCUGCAGGCAGUCGGGCUAAUAUGGAGGGUGCCCUGAUGAAGAGCGUGAAUUUGGAAGGAAGUCACAUGGCAGGAGUAAAUUUACGAGUGGCGACUUUAAAAAAUGCCAACUUACAGAACUGUGAUCUAAGAGGAGCAGUAUUAGCAGGAGCGGAUCUAGAGAACUGUGAUAUGUCGGGUUGUGAUCUCCAAGAAGCCAACCUGCGAGGGGCCAACUUGAAGGGAGCAGCUCUAAAACUUAUGUUGAAUCCCCUCCACAUGGCCCAAACAGUGAGAUAAGAACCAACCAGAAGACAUUUUAUUUUUGGCGACAUUAACAGUUUCCCCCUGUGGGAAAACAGACAGAGUAACUGCACAUUGAUACAAUAUAUAUAUACAUAUGAAUAGCACUAAAAAUGUUGCCAAAGAUGUACAUUUUUAUUUGUCUCAGGAAACUGUUCAAGGCUUCCAAUAAUGCUCUCUUUUUUUGUCUCUAAUUCAGUUGGAGAACAGGCGUCUCUGAUUUUUAGUGUUAUGUUAUUUCAUGUGCUGUGAAAGAUGAACAAAUGGAAAUAAUUCAUCAAAUAUUUUGAUUGCUAAAUAUUUACAGGAAUACAUAUUAAAAUGUUCUGUUCAUUCAUGCUUUUAUUAAAGGGCAUGGUCCUGAAUUCAUUGGAAACUGUUUUUAUUUUCUACUUUUAAUGUUUGAAAUGCUCUCUAUAAUAUUUCUAAUGCUUUGCUAAAAUUUUAAUAUAAGUUGAUCCAAACAGAGCAUGUGACAUGUUUGUUGCACAAAUACAAUUCCACAUUUAAAAAAAAAAUUGGCAAUGGACACUCAUACUACAUAUGUGUACAUUUAUUUUCAAGUAAUCUGGGAGCAUGAGGCAUCUGAGCUUGCUCACUUUUAAUAUCAAUUAAACGAAGGUAGUGUUACACUGUUAAUAACCCAGCAAACAAUUAUUUGGUGAGCACCAGAUCCAACUCCUCUCUCCUGGGAAUACCUAACAUUUCGUACUUGAUAUGCCAUUUAUUGAUCAUAAGACAAGCACAGAGCAUCGUUUUCAAUUUCCAUCGAUCAUCUAAUUCUGAUUAAUUAUAAAUUUGCAAUUUCUCAUUGUUCCAGAAAAGUGGAUAGUUCAGUUUCCUUUUUUUUUUUUUUUUUAAAAUCAC